AUGUCUCCGAGUGCCCUGCCUCCGAAACGGGCUCUCGAAGACCCAGCGGGAGACCAGACGCCACCGCGUGCCCGUCCUAAACAUGCUUCAACCAUCAGUCCAGUCGAUACCAGUCCCAUUUCCAUUCCUCAGCAUCUCCUUGACUUCCUUUACUCCGAAUCGAGCAUCUCAAAGAUCUGGCAAGUGGCUCAGAAGGCGCUCGGCAGCCCCCUCGGCCCCCUCCCGCACCGUCUCCAGUUGCAGCACCUGUGCCGAUGGUGGAGCGCCAACCUGCACCAGAACGCUGCUCGACGCGAUACGCACGAACUGGGGUUCAUGAUUGCGCCCUGGGCCAUUAAGGCGUGGGAACUCCACCGUGAUCCGCAGGCAUACAGCAGUCUUGUCCUGGCGGCGCACUCGCUCGCGUCGCGCUUUGAUCGGCGCGUACAGUCGCUCCGGUCAUGGGAUGUCUGCUAUACAAAGCGGUACACUUUCACGGAUCCGACCAAGGACUUCCUUGUCAUCAUUGAUAACAUGCUCAACCUGGAUCUACUCUUCUGA